UGUUACGGCUGCAAAGCUUCACAACUAGCAGCACUUUCAUUUGCAAACUAAUCCCUAAAGAAGCGCGUUUGCAUGUGUCUCUUCUUCCUGCAUAAUUAUUUUAAGUUGGCUGAACGAGAAGUUCCCUCACGAUUUUGGACAUCAAUCAAUCGUGAUCACAAAAAUAGCGGUUUUUACAAAAGUAAACAGACGCAACAGGAACUUUUGCACAUUAGAAAAAAAGUUUUUUUUAGGGGCAUUUAUGGGUAUUUAUGUGCGUUAAAAGGGCUCAUAAAAUGUGCAUAAUCUUGACCGUUUCCACGGCAAAUGUCACGAGUGGAAAGUAAUGGUUAACUUGAAACGCAAAGAGUCAUAAACGGCGGAAUGUGAGAGUCAGCCAAAGCGCUUUUUCACCAGCAGCUGUGCGUUUUCUUCAGCGGGCCCGCUCACUUUCUGACUUUAUUCGGAGUUAAAACUUUGUUUUACAAGAGAAGCCACCGACCUUUGUCAAAUAUCAAAUAAAAACAACCACCAUACAGACUUUUUGAUGUUAAAUUAACGUUUUCUGUUAGGUUAUAAUACUUAUCUAAGGCAAAUCCUUCUGCAUAUAAUCGUAUUUGCAAGUUUUGAACAUACUUAAAACUAAGAUGUGACAUAUAUUUGCAUGCUUUAUGUCCACAUGCAUGUUAAACUUAUAAAACAGUAAACAUCCUUAAUUCUGUUUUCCCACCUGUUUGUUCUGACUGUCGCUUUAAGACAAUUGAUUGAACAGAACAAUGCUUCCUUUCAUGAUCUGUGUUUAUCACUGCAGCUGUUGCAUAAGAUCUGCAGGCGUUUGAUGCAGUCUCAGUCUUUACAACAGCUGCUCUUGAGGUUAAGUAAAAUGUCAAAUGCAGACUUUUUCUGUUGGGUUUUGCUUUUUUCCCUGCCCAUAAUACACCCACUGUACUUUUGGUUGAAGUAGAAAUUUAAAAAGUAGCAAAAACAUUCAGUUUUUGAAAAUUAGAAAACAAGAGGUUAAUAACUCAUUUUUAAAUACAAGCCAUUGUAAUAAUCUGCACAUUUUAAAAUAUAUGAAGAAUUAAAGUAUGAAACUUUGCUGUGGGUGCAGUUCAAACAAGAAAGAAAACAUGAUGAGAGCAGACUCUCUGGCCAGAGGUCUACAAAAUAAUGAUAACCAUAAAUUCUGGAAGGAGGUCAAUGCUAUGAAUAACCGUAAAACUUCAUUGCCAUCCAACAUUGAAGGUGUAUGUGGUGCUGAUAACAUUGCUGAUUUAUGGCGUAUGCAUUAUUCUGACCUGCUCAAUUCGGUAAAAAGUCAUGCAGUUUCUAUUGACAACGUGGAUCUUACUGACACUAUGGUUAUUCGUGCAAGUGAGAUUCAAGAUGCAAUUUCAAAGAUAAAAGAAGGCAAAGCAUAUGGUCUAGAUGACAUCACAGUCGAGCAUUUAAAAUAUUCAAGUUUUAAAUUACUGCCCCUGUUGGCCAUGUGUUUCACUGGCUUUUUAACCCAUGGAGUCUUGCCUGAUUCAAUUCUCUCAGUUGUAUUGAUUCCCGUCAUCAAAGACAAGACUGCCAGUUUAAAUAGUCUGUUGAAUUACAGACCGAUUGCCCUUUCCAGCAACAGUUCUUUUUACAGAUACAAGAGCUCGAGUUCACUGUUGCUUGGCAAGAGUAAGGCCUUAUUGAAAAAUACAUAAAUAAAUAAACAAGCUCAAGCGCACACACUGUACUUUAACUGUGAUUCUUCACAAAACCACAAUCGGAACUCCAGAGUAAGUAUGAUGCUUUCUCUGGCCACAGUAGCUCCAGCAGGAGCUCGAAGAUUUUCUGGGAUUGCUUUGGGGAGAACUUUGAGGAGUGGAAGAUGGUUCCUUACCUGUUCGCCCAAACAUCACCUCAUCCCCAUCAGACAUGAAGAGAGGUUUUCUGGCUCUCCCUUCAAGCAUUAUAGAUGCUUCUCUGCCUCGGCCCCCGACCGGAAUCAAAGAACGCCAUCCUUCAGCUAUGUGGUUGUUGGGGCGGGGUCAGCAGGCUGUGUCCUUGCCAACCGCCUCACAGAAGACGCCCACGAGUCUGUGUUGCUCCUUGAAGCCGGGCCCAAAGAUCUGUGGCUGGGGAGCUUAAGACUUUCAUGGAAGAUCCACAUGCCAGCCGCUCUGACGUACAACCUCUGUGAUGACAAGUAUAACUGGUACUACCAUACUUUACCUCAGGCCCACAUGAACAACAGGGCGUUGUAUUGGCCGAGGGGGCGUGUGUGGGGAGGGUCCUCCUCUCUGAACGCCAUGGUUUACAUUCGUGGACACGCUGAGGACUACAACCGCUGGCACAGGGAAGGUGCAGCGGGCUGGGAUUACCAGCACUGUUUGCCUUACUUUAGGAAAGCUCAGUGCCAUGAGCUUGGAGAAAACAGGUACAGAGGCGGCAGGGGACCUCUUCAUGUGUCUAGAGGAAAGACCAACCAUCCCCUUCACAAAGCUUUUAUUGAGGCGGGACGGCAGGCCGGAUACCCGUUCACCGAUGACAUGAACGGUUACCAGCAGGAAGGCCUGGGGUGGAUGGACAUGACCAUUUAUAAAGGGAAGAGAUGGAGCACGGCUAGCGCCUACCUCAGACCCGUCCUGAGCCGACCCAACCUAAAGACUGAGGUUCGCUGUGUGGCCACCAGGAUCCUGUUUGAUGGUGGUCGCGCUGUUGGGGUGGAAUACACACAAAAUGGACAAAAGAAGAAAGUGUUUGCAGAAAAAGAGGUGAUACUGAGCGGAGGAGCCAUCAACUCCCCUCAGCUUCUCAUGCUGUCUGGGGUGGGAAAUGCAGAUGACUUGAAGGAACUCGGCAUUCCUGUUGUUCAGCACUUACCAGGUGUUGGUAGUAACCUACAGGAUCACUUGGAGCUGUAUGUCCAGCAGCAGUGCACUCAGCCCAUCACUUUGUACAAGGCGCAAAAACCUUUUCACAUGGUUAAGAUCGGCCUGGAGUGGCUCAGCGUGUUCACUGGUUAUGGAGCAACCGCACAUCUGGAGAGUGGGGGAUUUAUACGCAGUCGACCAAACGUAACUCACCCUGACAUUCAGUUUCACUUUCUUCCUUCACAAGUAAUUGACCAUGGGCGAAUUGCAUCAAAGAUUGAAGCCUACCAGGUGCAUGUUGGACCAAUGAGAAGCACCAGUAUUGGGUGGAUAAAGCUGAAGAGCCCCAACCCUCUAGAUCACCCAGUUCUACAGCCAAACUAUCUUUCCACAGACAUUGACGUGUGGGAGUUCAGGCAGUGUGUCAAACUGUCCAGAGAGAUUUUUGCUCAGAAGGCAUUUGAUCCAUUUCGAGGCCCUGAAGUCCAGCCCGGUCCUCAGGUCCAGUCUGAUGCCGAAAUUGACGCUUUUGUCCGCCAAAAGGCAGACAGCGCUUACCACCCAUCCUGCACCUGUAAGAUGGGUUCUCCAUCAGACCCAAUGGCGGUCGUCGGCGCAGACACGCGAGUUCUCGGCCUGGAUCGGCUUCGUGUAGUCGACGCUUCCAUCAUGCCCAGCAUCGUCAGUGGAAACCUAAAUGCUCCAACCAUUAUGAUUGCUGAGAAGGCUGCAGAUAUCAUCAGAGGUCGCCCUCCUCUUGUUGACCCAGGAGUUCCUGUGUACCAACCACCAACGUUAGAAACACAGAGAUAAAUAAAGAUAAUGAUCUGAAGGGCUAAUAUUGUUUACCUGACAGGUAAAGGUUGGGUCAGAGACAGUUGAUAGCUUCAUCCGCAGAUCCACAAGUAAUCAUGAUAAUUAUUAGUCUUAUAAUGGGAAGUAAUCUUUAAAUGUGAGCCCUUUUCAUUUCAUGCAAACUGAAUUGCCUCAAAUUACAAAUGAAAAUUAUUAAUAUUUAAAAAAAAAUGCAAUUAUGUAGAAGAACUACAAAUCUCUAAGCUAAACUGAAUUGUUUGAACAAGGAAGAAGGGAAAAAUCCUGGCCUUAAUUCCCACAGGUUAUUCCACUACAUACUCUUUUCUCCAGAGGAAUUUAACAGCUCAAUGAAAAAAAAAA